AUGGAACUUCUAGACUAUGGAAAGCUUAAAGUUACAGGUGAGACAAACCAGGAGUCAACAAAGGUCAGGAUUAUACUUUACAGUCCCUCUAAGGAAGGAGUUGAUAUAAAAAGCGAGAAAAAAGAUUCCAGCCAUCAAGCCUUUCUUAAUAGAAUGGGCGCAAAAGGAAAUUCAGGUGAAAGUUAUGUGCUUCCAGAAGAGAAUGGAAAAAUAACCGUGUUUGUAGGAAUAGGAAAGGAGGACGAAAAUGUUUUUCUUGUUAAAAAUAAUGCAAAGAAGGCAGGAGCCUUGGCAUACAAAGCCGUUUCCCAAUUCAAAAACUUGGAGAUCUUUUUAGAAUCGGAAUUUAUGGGAAAAGAGGUUGCAUCUGGAGUAACACUGGCUUCAUACAAAUAUCAAUUCUUGAACAAAGAGAAAGGAGAACCUAAGAAGGUGGCGAUAAACACUCAGUUUCCUUCUGUUAAAAAGGCAAUAAUGAUAGGCAAUGCUCAGAAUUUCGCUAGGUUUUUAGGAGAUACACCAGCAAACCUCAUGAAUCCAACAUUGUUUACCGAAUAUGCUGCCAAGUAUCUGCAUGGAAAGAAGAAUGUUACAUUUGAGGUUUUUGGAAAGGAAUUUAUGAAGAGUAAGUCCAUGAAUCUCCUCUUGAGUGUUUCCCAAGGAUCGGUUCAAGAGCCAAAGCUCUUUGUUGCUAAGUACAGAGGAAAAGGAGGGGAUGGCGUAGAUAUUGCACUGGUUGGAAAGGGAGUUUGCUUUGAUUCUGGAGGAAUAUCAUUAAAACCAUCUGCACGGAUGUCCCUCAUGAAGGGAGAUAUGCUUGGGGCAGCUUCUGUCCUAAGCGUCUUUGGGCUUGCAGCAGAUAUGGAAAUUAAGAUAAACAUUGACCUUGUAAUUCCGUUGGUAGAGAAUCUUCCUAGUGGUACUGCAACAAAACCAGGAGAUGUUUACAUAGGAAUGAAUGGAAAAAGUGUGGAGAUUGACAAUACAGAUGCAGAAGGGAGACUCAUUCUUGCAGACGCGCUUGUGUAUGCACAGGAAGGGCAUCCUACAUAUAUAUUUGAUGUUGCCACCCUAACAGGUGCUAUGGCCGUUGCUCUUGGAGAUGCAUUCAUUGGAUAUUUUACUUCUGAUGACAAACUUUCGGAAAUAAUCUAUCAAAGCGGAAUUGAUGCUAGUGACCCUACCUGGAGAAUGCCUUUGUCACAACUGUAUUUACCUACAAUGAAGUCUGAUGUUGCGGAUCUAAAGAAUACCGGAGAAGGAAGAUACGGCGGAUCUGCAAGUGCAGCAAUCUUUUUGAAUGAAUUUGUUGGAAAGGAAUACAAAUGGGUUCAUUUCGAUAUCGCCGGAGUAAUGAAUAGUAAUAACAGCAAAGGAAUUUAUGGAGAUGGAAUGACUGGAUGCUCCGUUUCUGCAUUGAUUGAGACAAUUGAAAAGCUAUCUACAAUAGUUAAUUAA